AUGUUGGGGUGUCAGUAUUUUGACGAUUUGGCGACAGGAGACUCUCGUUCUCCCAUCAAGAGUCCACCGAAAUUCAAACCGGGAGACUUCGUGAUGAAUUCGGAACGUCUGCAUUGGCCAUGGGCAGAAUAUUUUUGCUUAGCCGAAGAAGAAUUAGCCCUGAUAGAUCCCGAAAUUCAGGAUCUGCCGCAUGGCUUGAAACUUCCCUUAGCCUACUUGGGGCUCUCUGGGCUCACGUCGUAUCUCGGUGUGAAAUCGCGCGGGAAAGUGACUAGUGGUGACGUUGUUGUGGUUUCUGGUGCCGCUGGUUCUUGUGGUACCCUUGCUGGACAAUUCGCCCUAGAAUGGGGUGCGAAGAAAGUGAUUGGUAUUUGCGGUUCGGAUGAAAAAUGUCGUGCACUGGUUGAUAGAUUUCGAUUCACGACCGCUGUCAACUAUAAAAGUCCGGCAUUCGAGUCAAAAUUGGCGGAAGCUUGUGCAGAUGGCGUUGACGUCUACUUUGACAACGUGGGUGGAGAAAUCAGCCGAAUAGUGAUUGUUGAUCACAUGAAACCCGCAGGUCGGGUUGUGUUGUGCGGGCAAAUUGCUGAUUACAACAAAGAUGUCCCUUAUCCUCCGCCAAUUCCGAAGGAUAUGCAAGAUGCGAUUGUGGCAAAAAGCAUUGACAGGGAGCGUUUCCUUGUGCUGAGUUAUCAAGAUCAGUUCCCGGAAGCAUCGGGAGACAUGAAAAAGAUGAUAUUGGAAGGGAAAAUUCGUGUCGAAGUGACAGAAGCUGAAGGAAUAGAAAAAGCUGGUUGGGCCUUGGUGAACAUGAUGAAUGGAGGAAAUAUUGGGAAACAAGUGGUCAAAGUCUGUGAUUCCUCCCGACGGGUUAAACAGGACUGAUUAUUCUUUGUUGCUCCUUUUUUCCUGCGGCAAUUUAAUCUUCUCAAGUGAUUUACUUUCUGUUUUUUUUUCGUGAAUUCCUUCACGAAUUCGGGACCUCGUAUCUUUCACGGGAAAUAAAUGAAAUUGAAGGGUUCCUGAUGUUUACUUUUCGAAA